AGGAAUCAGACAGUCAAGACACAGGUGUCAGAGCGGGGAGUCUCUUUAUUCACAGCGGCCCUACUCGCAGCCAUAGACGGAGACAACAACAACCAAACACAGAAUGAAACAUGUUCUUUUAUACUUCAGAUGGCUAUGCGUGUAAGUGCAUCCUGUUUUCCCAAUCAUUUUGGCUUCGUCGUACUACUCUUGCCUAACUAUUAACCAACUAUGUUUUCCUGGCGCACACCCAGAUCAUUGUUUUCUUCCUGGCAGAACACAAUGGCGCCCUACCAGGUCACUGUGCUCUAACUGGCAAUGCGCCUUAAUGUUAUGUUUAUUCCUAGUUUCCCAAUCUCCUAUUUUCCAGAUGUUUUCCCAAAUAGUCAAAGUGUCUUGGCCCACUCUGUCUGCUGCCAACCCAUAUCUUUUGUUAUUGUUAUGUAUAUCAGGUCAUACAUCUUUGGGCCUUAUAAUUCUCCUGCAACAUUACAUUUAUAAAGCAUUGCAAUAUGAUACUACCAUUGUCUUCCUCUUUGUGCUAGUUUAAAUAUUUUAGUCACACCCAUUUCCCCACUGACAUCAUGAGAACACAUUCUAUACCACUGAACCAGGAAACGAAACUAAACUUGUAUCAGGCUGCCUUCCUCCGCAGACAUGGCAGAGUCUCGAAUUCCUGUGAGCAUUACUCACCUCUGCUGUCGAAUCUGCAGCGAGGUCCUCAGGAAUCCUACGACUAUUCCCUGUGGACACAACUUUUGCAUGCAGUGCGUCUGGGAAUGCUGGGAUAGGAACAAGAGGAACGACCGUCCUUGCAGCUGUCCUGAAUGUGGUCAUGUGUUUCCCUCCACACCCCAGCUGAUCAAGAACACAACUCUAGCUGAGCUGGUGAGAGACACACAAAGGUUGGAUAAUGGCAGUGAGAAAAGGAAGCAGCAGCAUUCAGGUGAGUCCCUCCAUGGCCAGAAGAGACGCCGGAGCUGUACAGAAACAUCUGGAAGCACUUUGUGCUGGAGGCACAGCAGCCCCCUGGAUCUUUACUGCUGCAGUGAUGAGGAGAUCAUCUGUGCAAUCUGUGCUUCAACUCAGCAUGGAGGACACCGAAUCGGCUGUGUGGGAGAGGAACGGAGGAGGAGACAGGAGGAGCUGAAGAACAUGCAGACAAAAUCCAAACAGAUUCUCCACAAACAAAAGAAGAAAUGGAAGAACUUGAGGAACAUCCUCGAACAGAUUCAGGAGGAGGCGAGACAAACGGAGGACUACUGUGAAGGCGUGGUGGUCAGCAUCAUCAACUCCCUCCAGAGACAUUACCAGUCAGUGAAGGAGCUGAUUGGAGCUCAGCAGGAGACCGCCACAGCUCAGGUCCACAGCUUCAUACAGAGCCUGAAGGCGAAGAUGGAGGAGAUGAAGAAGAGGGAUGCUGAGCUGGAUCAUCUGGCGCAGACUGACAGUGAUGUCCAUUUCCUGCAGGGAUGGCUGUCACUGCAGCGUCUCUGUGAGAAAGAGCAUCUCCACCCUCUGCAUGAGGUUUCAGAGGAUCCACUCCUCCCCUUUGAGUUCACAAAGAGAGCUGUGGAACAGAUCGGGAGGCAGCUCGAGGAAUUUUGCGCCAAAGAGUUUGCCUCUAUUUCUGAAACUGCUGAGAGUGGAGUGGAUGGUGACAUGCAGGAAGGAUGUGAAGGAAGUGUCUCACAGUCCCAAGUUUUCUCUGGAGUUAGCAGCACUCCGACAGAAGAGAUCGUGGAGCCGACAACCAGAGCAGAGUUUCUGCAUUAUGCAUGUAAGCUUUCCCUGGACCCCAUCACCGCUCACAAGGACCUGGUUGUUUCUGAGGGGGGCAAAGAGGUGAAGCUGAGGCCUCCUCAGCCAUUCAAGAACCUAACUCCUUGUUACCCGCAGAGGUUCAGCCACCGACGGCAGGUGCUGUGCAGGGAAGGACUGCAGGCCGAGCGCUGCUACUAUGAGAUAGAGGUAGAAGGGAGCAAGGCUGAGAUCGCCCUUGCCUACAAAGGAAUAGCCAGAAAAUCCUGCACUACACUGUCAGCUUUUGGGGGCAAUGGAAAUUCCUGGAGUCUUGAUCGAUCCAAACACUACUCUGUGAGUCACAAAGGUGACAGCAUCCAGCUCACAGCGCCCCCCAACCAUCACAGGAUCGGGAUUUAUCUGAAAUUCAAAGAAGGAACUCUGUCAUUCUACGAGGUGUCAGACAGUAUGAACUUUCUUUACAAGGUUGAAGCCACGUUCACAGAGCCGCUGUAUCCAGGCUUCUGGCUCGGAGAGAAAUGUUGCAUCAGGAUCUGUGAUCUGUGAAUAUAAAUGACUGAGAGGUUCAUAGACAGCCUGUGUCGGUUUGAAGGGAAAUUUAACUUAAACAAAGCUAAAACUUCUUGUUUCUGAAAGUGUGUGUCACACAUGGUCAUGGCUGAAUUUCCUUCUUAUUUGUAGUCUUUGUAUUUUUGAGGCUCAGUUACAUGUGGACUUAUACAGUUACCUCAUUCUAGUUUGUAUUAAGCAGCAGACUUCCUUUGACCUUCCCAGAUUUUGAUAACAUUUCUUACUGUGCCACAUUUCCAUGUAAUGAAACAAUUCUGAAUCAGAAAAAUUCUGAAAUCCAACA